GCACGUGUGGGAGAAGCGGCGGCGGCGGCGGGAGAAGAUUCCUCCGCCUCCCUCGGGGCGGCGCUAGGCUCUCGCGGCCUCCGUCGGCGCCCUUCGCUAGGCAGAGAGGCCGGCGGCCCUCGGCGGACAGGGGGGUCAAGUGGCCUGAGGUCGGCCGGUGUGUGUCGGCGGGUCGGUCGGGGCCCGCGGGGAGAGGCUCUGCGGACGGCGACGACGACGGCGGUGCUCACGACGGCCUCAGCAGGCGGGGAAGAUGAAAGGUAGCCGGAUCGAGCUGGGAGAUGUGACGCCACACAAUAUUAAACAGUUGAAGAGACUGAACCAGGUCAUCUUCCCAGUCAGCUAUAAUGACAAGUUCUACAAGGACGUACUGGAGGUCGGCGAGCUUGCAAAACUCGCCUAUUUCAAUGAUAUAGCUGUAGGUGCAGUGUGUUGCAGGGUGGAUCACUCACAGAAUCAGAAACGACUUUACAUCAUGACACUCGGAUGUCUUGCACCUUACCGAAGACUAGGAAUAGGAACUAAAAUGUUAAAUCAUGUCCUGAACAUCUGUGAGAAAGAUGGCACUUUUGACAACAUUUAUCUGCAUGUCCAGAUCAGCAAUGAGUCAGCAAUUGACUUCUACAGGAAGUUUGGCUUUGAGAUUAUUGAGACAAAGAAGAACUACUAUAAGAGGAUAGAACCUGCAGAUGCUCAUGUGCUUCAGAAAAACCUCAAAGUCCCUUCUGGUCAGAGCGCAGACACACAAAAGACAGACAACUAAACAAAUUACACGAACUUCUUGCACUUGCUUGUCGCCAAAUAAAAGAGGCCCGUUAUUCUCCUUCCCUUUUCUUAAGCUUCCCUCCUUGUUCUUGGGUUUUUUUUUUUUUCCUUCCCCCACCCUUCCUCUAAAAGUUUUAAUUCUUUCAAGGACUCUUAAAAAUGAUCAUGUUUGGAUUGUUUUAGUUCUCUUAUUUUUGUGAGGUGGUUGGAUUGGAAGGAAGAGAAGGUAAAUACAUUCUUUGUAGUUUCAGUUAAGAUAUCUGGUCCCAAAAAUUUGGGUGUCAGGUAACUUCAGAUUUUUGGCUGAUUUUUUUUUUUUUUUUUAAAUGUCCUGCUUUCACAUUGAAGGGCAGAGCCUACAAUAGUGUUUAUUUCAAAAGACAAAAAGAAGCAGCAGCAAUAUCUUGUUCUCAAUUCAUAGACAAGUUUAGUGUAUUUGUGGUACUUUGAGUUUAAAUGUAAAGACUAUCUGUGGGAUGUCAAUCCCUAGACAUUGCCUUCACUCUACCUUUAGUCCUUCUGAGCACUCUGUCCAGAGUUGGACCAUUGUUAUCCUUGUAAGAAAUGCUAAGCUUAUUUAGGUUUUUAAAGCGUUUUUCUCUACUUGCUGAUGGGUGGGGCAGUUUGGGUAGUGCUAAACUUUGGUCAAGUAUUUGAGUUAAACUGCAUUUUUAUUAAUGAGUGGUUUGGUUCCUGGCAGGCUUCUUUUUCCUGCCAUUGAUUAUUACUAAAGGCAUUUAACUUUUAGAGUGUGAGCUGGUGAGGUUAAUUUUAUUAUAAUAUCCCAGCUAGAGAUAAGGCCUUUGACUGACCUAAAGAAGUUUCUUAUUAAGUUUUUUUCCCCAGUAAGCCCAAUAAUAGUGAAAUUAAAAAAAAAAAAUGGAGUUAGGUCCUUACAGGUUCAUACCCCUAAAUAAACCUGAAGCAGGUGUUUUCUCUUGGACAUAUUUUAAAAGUACAUAAAAAGCUUAGAUGGACUUGUGGCACAAUAAUUGUAUUUAAUGUCAACUAGUUCAGGCUGUGAAAAGUGUGGCCACUGAGCAUUGAUAAUAUAUCAAAGAAUUUCUAGACAGUAUUUUUGAAAAUUGCAUAGCUAUACUAUUGCUUAUCUGGUGGAGAACAUCCCAGAUUUGCUUACACUCUGUGCCUACAAUGUUGAGCUUAAAUUUGAAAUAAGAUGAAUCUUUAAAAAAAUUGCUUCUAUUCUUGGGAAGGUAGAAGUAUAAAGUGUUGAUACAAAUAUCACUGUGGCCUCCUCUACUGACAGGUCUAGUUUAUGCCCAAUCAUUUUCUGGUACAUAGGGAGUGGCUUUGACAGAUUGAUAGUGUUUUGUAAGAUGAGUGACACAUGAAAUACUUAUAUUUUCUUCCCUUUGUCUCAUCUCCAAUCAUUAGUGUUUUAGAUUGUCAGUGGUUGUCUAUAGCUCAAGAAAUGUUGUCAUUACACUUUGUAACUGUACACAGAACUUGAGUUUUCUGUCAUUUGAUUUUAAAAAUACUUGACUCAUUGUAUUUAUCCUCUUAUGUAAAAUUGUGGUAUAAAAGUCUCAUUUCCAAAUAGGUUAAGUGAUAAAAAAUUUUACAAAUGUUUGUGCACACUUUACAACCUUAAGUUUUUAUUUGAGAAUGUGAAAGUACAAAGUAAAAUGGACUUAAAGAGCCUUGAGUGCCAAGAACAAUAUAGAAAAGGGAGUAUGAUUGAUGAAUGAGUUUGUAGAGUUAUAAUCUUAAAAUAGUGAAAAUGUAGAAAGGACAUGCUGGUUUCUUGCAUAUCAGUUUCGUAAACAGUCCAAACCUAAGCUUAGAAAAAUUUAGUGUUUAAAUACUUUUACAUUCAUGAAUAAGCUUGUGCUUGAUCUUGCCAAGAGAAGAGUGCUUAAAACAGAAAGCAUAAUUAGUUUUAAGAAGUCAGCCAUUUUGUAAACUUCCAGGUAUCAUAAUAGAUUUUGAUAUAUAAAUAAGUUUUCUGAGAUGACACUGCCUCUAUUUCUAUAACCAUUUCACCUGGACUAUUUAAAAUAGUCCAAUGAAUGUAUCCCUAAAUGUGGUUAUUGAAAACCGAAUAGCUGCCUCACGACAGUUAAGUACAUGUUAUUUAAAGGUAGGAAAACAUUAAAAGUUUGAAUUGAGUGUGUAGGCUCCCUAUCACUACAUUUUCUUUUUCCACAGUACUCAGUGACUUACCCUAAAUUUUAAGUGUGUGUAAAGGUCAGUUAUCCUUCAUCAACCCUGUAUCAAAUAAUUCCAUCCACUUGCAGAAGAGGCCGGUGUAGAGAGGUAGAGGCUGGCCAUUGCUCCAUGUAGGAUCAUAUGAGUCAGUAAAGACUCCUGUCCCAUAUUUUUGUUUUUUGGUAAAUGAUAAAAAUUUUUGAGGUAAAACAGUAGUUCUAUUAACUGGAAGGCUAUAUCCGUCAUAUUUUUCAGGACAAAUAGUUUUUACUGUGGGGCAAAUAGGUUAAAAUUAUACUAUUAUAUGGUAUUUGCAUUUAGGUUCUAAAGGAAAGACUAUAGAGAAAUCUAUGCAAUAUAUAAUUUGUCCAGAUUAGUUUUCAUUUGAGGAAAGGAAGAGUUCUGAAGCAUCUCAAAGCAGUUUGCUCAUUAAUUGAAAGUCCUCCAAUAAGAGAACUAUUGGGAAACAGUGGUGUAUGGUGGUGGAAAACAAAAGCUCCCUCAGUUUUUGGAGGGAAAACUUUAAAAAUACUUAAAUGGCUAAGUUUAUUUGGUGCAGUUCAGAAUUAAACUUGUCAAUUUUAACAUUACUGUUACAUCUGAAAUAAACUUAUGUGAUGUUCUGGUA